AUGGACUCGCACCUGAAUGACCGGCUUCUAUGGCUGUGCUUGGGCGUCUCGCUUUUCUUCGCCGUCCGCGGCAUCACCACGGACCUCCGCCGAGUGCGCGAGUUGACGGAGCUCAAGCAUGUCGAGAAGGAGGACAGAAUGAUCAGCGAGGGGACGGAAGAUGCCCUGAAGUUGGACACUCUGCUGAAGCUCUCCGAGAGCACCAGCCACGACCUCCGAGCAGCUGCUCUACGCAUUAUCGCCGAACGGUCUACCAAGGGUGAAACCCGUGAUUUGCUUCUGAGAGAUCUUGCAGGUAAAAACCAGCAGAGCCGGGGCAAAGCACUCAGCGCAAUGUACUUCCUCGUCUCGAACCGAGCCCUCUCGCGAACAUCCGUCUGUGUCCGAUUGAAAGAUCUCUCCACCUACAACGCCCUCAUCGACUGUCUAUGCAAUUUCCUUGACGAGCACACAGAAGAGACGACAACCACCGUGUCACCCAUCUUGCCAAAAAGCCGGCCCCUGGGCGAGAAGAAGGCACUCGGGGUACUCAACAUUAUCCUCCAGGAAAAUGUGCCGGCCGCACUGGAAGCGGGCAUCGUCAGCCGUUGGCUGGUCAAUUACCCGUUUCCAUGUGCGCUUGCCGAGCCUUCGCGAAAACAAGAUGUGGUCCUCCUGAUGAAAACAUGGUGGUCUGACGAUGCUGUGAUGAGCGCGAUAUUCGGCACGCUCUCCUCACAUCCUGAUGGGGCGAAGCAACUACGCAAAUUUGGCCUGAUGGGGAGCAUGCUCGAAGAAAAUGAUCACGAUGACUAUGAUAGUGACGUGUGGAUGGUGGACGGCGAAGAUACAGCGGGUUCCCGAAGGGUUCCCGGGAGACGUCUUCGAGAGAGGACCAUCGAGGAACAGGCCGUCCGUAGGCGCAGGCGGGAAGCGAUGGUGUUAAGCGAUGGAGGUCGCCCUCUGGGAAAUGACGACAUUAUACAACUGCCUGUUUCCGAAUGA